ACUGCUGCUGUGCGCCAAAGAAACUGGAAAAAUCUGCAAAUGGGCUAAAAAUGCACUCUGGUCUUCUGCAAUCACGGACGACGCUGGGAUACAUAGUUCUUUUUAUAUGAAUGCUGGGGAAAUAGAGUUAAACUUUAAAUUCGGAGCGCGUAAAAUGAGCGUUGCGUGGGAUCUGAGGUUGAUGCAUUUGUGCGGAAUCCAGAUUUCAGUGAAAAUCUAUGUACCUACAGCAGCAGAGACAGUCUGAAAAAUCUUCCAGAGUCCUUUGCGGAAAAUACACACAUAUAUAUACAUAGGCUAUAUAUAUUUUUUAGUUUUUUUUCUUGGAUUGUGGUUACCUACCCAUCAUGGAUCAGACUGGGAUUUUGGAUUUACAUCAGCGCAAUAAAGGGAAAAUGCGUGGAUGCAGUGCUGCGAUUAACGGAGUUUACAUCUUUGAAUAACUUCUAGAACAGGACGAUCAGGAUGAAAAGAUGGCGACCAUGCUCUUGCCAGCGGGUCCUGAUGGCUUGCGACCGUACACUCGAGAGUCUCUGGCGGCCAUCGAGCAGAGGAUCAGCGAAGAGUGGACCGAGAACACAAAGGAUUACAAGGCGGACCCAGGGAACACAGAAGAGCCCAAACCCCGCGCCGACCUGGAGGCCGGGAAAGUGCUGCCUCGUAUCUUUGGUGACAUCCCCGCAGGACUAGUCGGAGUCCCGCUGGAGGACAUCGACCCUUUCUACUUCAAAAAUCAGAGGACCUUUAUAGUACUUAACAAGGGAAAAGCCAUCUUCCGCUUCAGUGCCACAUCUGCGCUCUACAUAUUCACUCCGUUUGACUGCAUCAGAAGAAUCGCCAUAAGAAUCCUAGUCCAUUCAUAUCCUUCCACUGCCUCUUAGAAGAACUUUUCUCUAUGUGUGCAUGUAUAUUGCUUGGAGAAUUACAGAGAGAUUUGGUCUGUUUACAGCCGUGCUUCUGAUUUGUGUUUAAUAGCUUGCACUGAUAUCAGACCCUAAGACCACAAGCUUCUCUAGAAGCACAGCUGCACUGAUUUCUUUUUUAAUUUGUGAGACAUUUUAUAAAUCUGGUUUCCAAAAGCAUCAUUUUAAAAGCCAGGUAUUUGACCUGGGCCAGUAUACAACCACCUAGUACACCUAAAUACUAUAUACUCUCAGAAAAAAAAAGGUACAAAAGCUGUCACUGGGGUGGUACCUUUAAGGACCUAAAGGGUAUUUGUACC